UAGGCUUCACAUUGUUAAUGCAAUGUUUAUCUUAAACAAUUAUUAUUAUAACCUAUUAAUUUUAUGUAAUACAUUCUAUUCAUUAGUCUAAGCUAUUACAACACAGUAUUUUUUUUUGAUAUUUCUGAUUUUUUUUGUUAAUAAUUUUUAUGUGCCAAAGAUUCUGGUUGGGAAAAAACUUGCAAUGACCGCUGAAUUAAAAAAUGAAAGCCACACAAAUAUUUCCGCAAAUGGUUUAUCAAAGGUUGAUAAUGGAAAGAGGUGGCCGCAAAUCUUAGCAAUAUUAACAGUGUCCCUCGGAUCAUUUACAAAUGGAGUACUAUUUGUUUGGAGUUCUCCGUUUACAUUAGUCAUAACCAAAGACAAAGAAAACUACAGCAUUACGGAAAGUGAAGCAUCUUAUUUUAAUGUGAUGCAACCUGUUGGUAUGUUAACAGCCAGUCUGUUUUUCUUCAAGAUAGCAGAAUUUUUAGGAAGAAAGAAGGCCGUUAUGAGUUUAGCAUUGCCGCAUCUCAUUUCUUGGAUUAUUACCAUAUUUGCAAGAAGUAAAUGGGAAUUUUACGCUGCCAGAAUAAUGGCAGGGAUAGCUGAUGCUUGUAUGUUCUGCUCCGUUCCUCCUUAUGUAGGAGAAAUUUGUACUCCCGAAGUUAGAGGAUUUUGGGGUAAUGUUCCAACAUUUAUCCUCUACGUAGGUCAAGUUUGUAUCACAAUUUUAGGCAGCUAUCUGAGUGUUCAAACUACUGCAUAUAUUUGUAUGACGGUCCCUAUUAUAUUUGUGGUACUGGUAUCGAUUUUACCAGAAUCACCUUACCAGUUGAUAAAGGAUGGCAAAUAUGAUGAAGCUAAGAGUAGUAUAAUGUGGCUCCAGAGAAAGGAAAAUGUAGAACAUGAAUUUGUUGCUAUGAAAUUUGAUGUCGAGAGACAAACAUCUGAAAGUGCGAGAUGGAGAGAUCUGAUAUUUAUUGAGAGCAACAGGAAAGCUUUGCGGGCGGGUACCUUUUUACGAUUUUCUCAACAACUUAGCGGAGUGGCUGUAUUUGCAUCAUAUACUCAACCUAUUUUUGAAAAAGCCGGAGGAAGUAUUAGUCCUCAAAUAUCUUCUAUGAUAUUCCUUGGAUUAAUUGCGGUUUUGAAUUUGUUUUGUAGUUUUGGUGUUGAUAGAUUUGGCCGAAGGCUUUCAUAUUUUUACUCGAUACUUAUCUGUGGGUUUAUCUUACUUGGUAUGAGCCUUUAUUUUAUAUUUGAUCAAUACCAAUUUAUAGACGUAAGUUCUUUGAGUUGGUUUCCACUGGCGGGGAUGUUAUCAUGGACUGUAUGUUACUCUUUCGGUUUAGGUGUAGUCCCUACGUUAAUGUUGGGAGAACUUUUUUCUGUGAGUAUAAAAUCUAAAGGUCUGUGUAUUUUGAUCGUAUUUUUUGGUUUGUCGGUAUUUCUAACUACAAACUUAUUUCAUCUUUUCACAUCAAAUAUUGGUAUGUUUAGUCCUUAUAUGAUAUACGGUUUAUGUUGUUUAGUAUCAGCAUUUAUAACUCUUAGAUGGGUGCCGGAGACGAAAGGAAAAACGUUAGAAGAAAUUCAGCAAAGUUUGAAAAAGGGCUAUUGACUUUUGUCGUUCUCAUGUACGUGUACGAUUGUACAUAAUUUUAUUAUUGUCUUGUUAUCUUUAUAAUUUGAUUAUUUGGUCUUGAGUAGUCUUGUUUAUACAGGGUGGUCCGAACUGUAUUCCGGAAAUUUCGGCAGCAUAUUCU